AAUACCUUUGUUUUUUUUUGGUAUAUAUAGGCGCGCGCUGACAUCUAGUCAGAUUUAAAUCGGUAGUGUCCGUUGCACGUUGCAGUUCUUCUCGUAUUCCUGUACAACAUUAAUAGUACGAUGGCAGAGCUUCCCGAUGAACUCCAACAGUUCUUUGCCUUUGUUGACAGCAAAAAAGGAGAUUACAUCGAAGCUCUAAAAACCGUUGUGGGAAUUCAGUCGGUUUCAGCAUGGGCAGAUAAGCGAGGCGAGAUCGAUCGCAUGGUGAACUGGACCGCAGAUCGCUUAAAGGCCUUGGGCGCUGAAAUAGAGCUGGCGGAUGUGGGCCAACAGACCUUGCCGAGCGGCCAGAUAAUCCCUCUUCCAAAGGUCCUGCUGGGAACUCUGGGCAAAGACGCCUCCAAGAAGACCGUGUUGGUCUACGGCCAUUUGGAUGUGCAGCCUGCUCUAAAGGAAGAUGGAUGGAACACCGAUCCCUUCGAGCUUACCGAAGUAGAUGGAAAGUUGUUCGGACGCGGGGCCUCCGAUGACAAGGGACCUGUGCUGUGCUGGAUCCAUGCUAUCGAGGCUUAUAAUAAGCUCAAUAUACCGCUGUCACUAAACGUGAAGUUUGUUUUCGAAGGAAUGGAGGAAAGUGGUAGCGAAGGCCUUGACGACUUGUUGAUAAGGCGCAAAAAUGAUUUCCUUGCCGAUGUUGAUUAUGUCUGCAUUUCCGACAACUACUGGCUAGGAAAGAAGCGUCCUUGUCUUACAUAUGGGCUUCGUGGACUGGCAUACUUUCAAGUGGAGGUGGAAUGCUCAAAUAAAGACUUGCACAGUGGAGUUUUCGGGGGCACCGUCCACGAAGCUAUGCCGGAUCUGUGUUACUUGCUUAGCGUGCUCGUCGACAAGGACACGAAAAUCCUGAUCCCAGGAGUAGACCGUGACGUUGCACCCCAGCUAAAGAAUGAGCAAGAAAUAUAUGAGAACAUUGAUUUCGAUGUUUCUGAUUACAAGAAAGACAUCGGUGUUGACCAGCUGCCGCAUAAUGGCGAUAAAACCAGACUGCUUCAAGCCAGGUGGCGUUAUCCCAGCCUAUCAGUCCAUGGAAUCGAGGGUGCAUUUUAUGAGCCAGGCGCAAAGACAGUUAUUCCGAAAAAGGUGAUUGGCAAGUUCUCCAUUCGCCUUGUGCCCAACCAGGACCCAGAGCACAUUGAGGAGUGUGUCGUUAAAUAUCUUAAUGAUAAAUGGACUGAGCGUGGAUCGCCAAACAAAAUUAAGAUUACUAUGCUAUCAGCUGGCAAACCCUGGACAGAGGACCCAAACCACCCCCAUUAUGAGGCUGCGAAACGGGCCAUGAGGCACGUUUUUAAUGUAGAACCGGACAUGACUCGCGAAGGGGGAUCCAUUCCAGUAACAUUGACUUUGCAGGAAGCCACUGGAAAAAACGUCAUCCUUGUACCAGUGGGAGCUUGUGACGACGGCGCCCACUCUCAAAAUGAAAAAAUAGAUAUUUACAACUACAUUGAAGGUACUAAACUGCUUGGCGCUUAUCUGCACGAAGUGGGAAAAUUAUAAACAAGCGCUCAUAUACCUCCCUUAAACGAUGAAACAUCACAAUGGUGCACUUAUUUUUAUAAAUAUUGUAUUUCUAAAAAUUAAUCAUCUUCGUGAGGCUUUACCCCGGUCUACUGGGCUGAGACGCUGAAAAAUUAUUAAAGUCUCGCGAAAAAA